AUGCCUGAGCCUCUCUCUGAGCCUCCAUCUCAACCUCAAAGCCAGGUUGAGGGUGGCCUCCCCAAGUACGAAUGCUGGUUCUGCGACACCGAAUGGGAAGGGUUCUCUGCCCUCCUUGCCCACAUGGAAACUGGCAAAUGUGUGAUGCGCAACAAGAUCCACGACCUAGCCUUCGAGUCCCCCGAGUACGGAUUCUACGGAAAUCGCCGAACUGACAAAUUCGCCUUCUUCUGCUUCGAGUGCAAGGUCCAGUUCACCCAGAUCUCGGAGCUCUUCUACCACGUUGAGCGCACUGCUGCUUGCUCUUACCUUCUGCAAGACGACCAGUGUCUUGGUUGUCUUCGGGACUUUUACAUCGAAUACUACGACUGCCCCGGCACUGAUAGUAUGGGGUACUAG